AUGGCGAGCGAAAUGAGUCGGGUGAACAGCUUCUGCUGUGAAUGUGCUGCCACCCAGAGCCGUUGCAGUGCCGAUAACUGCCCGUGUGUGGCGGCACGGAAAACCUGCGAUGAGCAUUGCGAAAGCACCAGGUAUCGAGGUGACUGCCUGAAUCAGGCAAUUUGCAAGUGCUCAUGUGAAGUCGAUCCUGCCAAACCGGCAAAGAACGCCUGUGCCAAAGCCGAGCGCUGUGAUUGCCUACGAAUCAAAGAGGGAUGCAGCAAACUCUGCGCUUGCAAGCAGAUUUGCAAAAACAAGGCAAGUCAACAAUUCUACAGUAGCAGCUCGUCAAUGUCGUGA